AUGUACUACAGGAACCUCCAGAAAGUCACAGUGCAAGUCCUCCAACAUUUCAGCGCCGUCGUCGACAGCCCGCGUUGCGCUGCGCUCCUUCCAAUCACCUCUUUAAGCUGCUCGCACAUCAAUCUUUUCGCUUUAGCCUCGCAACUUGUUGUCGUUCGAAAACUGCUUGCACAAGGUGGCGUGGCCGAAGGCCACGCCCUGCGCUUGGCCCAACCUCGUCCCAGCUCCAGCCCCUUCGGAGCCUGGCGCAUGUGGGCAGACUUUACUGCUGCCACGGGUCGGUGCCCUGCUCUAGCGGCAGCCGGGCGCUCAGCCCCGGGGGGACUCCCAUCCCGACCAUCAGCACUGCGGAAGGUCCACGAGACGCCGCAGCCCGUACCUCGCACAUCUCAAGCUAUACACGACGCUGCCAGCGGCAAUAAUCGCAGCAACAAGAACGCCCUCGCCGCUGCCGCCCAACCCCGGCACCCCCCCGGCACCGAUACACCCCGGGCCCCGCCACAACGGCCCCCACCGCCUCAGCCAUCUAGGGGACCACCCAGGCCGGCAGGGGACUUCCAAUCUCAACAAAGCUUCCCGUACAAGAAAGAAACGCGCCAGCCAGCCACACGUGCACGGUACAGCGACACGGCUAGCACGGAUGGCCGUGAAGCGUACGGCAGCAGCACCCGUACGGCAGUCCUUCCUAGCUCAUCUCAGGGCCCCGACCUUCCCGAGGUGCACUUCAUCAGCUCCGCCUCCAAUAACUACGUAAAGCACCUGGUGCGGUUGCGGAGCAAUGUGUCGUACCGGCGGGAAGUACGGCGAGGGCUGCUGGUGGGGGCGGAGCUGCUGCAGGAAGUGGCAGGUGACUCCCCCUCUCCCCUGCACGUGCGGGUUUUGCUGCUCCCGGAGGGAGCUCCCCCCCUCCCCCCGGGCACCCGCGUGGUGGCGGACCGAGUACUUGAGGUCUCUGAGGCAGUCAUGAAGAAGGUUGGGGAGUGGUUCGGAGGGGGAUGGGGAUGGGUGAGCGGAGUGAUGAGUGCGGCUGGGGUGGAGGCGAUUGCGGAGGUGGAUCUGCCCGCGGAGAAGACCCUCCGCCAGCUGCUCCAGGAGCUGCGGGUGCUGGGAGGCCGGGAGAAGGGGAGGGGGAGGGGGCCACCUAUAGCGACCGCAACACCAACACCGACAUCCACACCACCAACACCAACUGCACCCGUAAUAGCAGCAGGACAUGAAAGCAACAACAAUAACAACAACAAGAACCGACUACAUAUGACAACAUCAACUACCAACAGCACAGCUAAACAGGCAACCGCGCCCGCUGCCGUACGGUUGCUCGUCCUCGACGCCGUACAAGACCCUGGCAACCUGGGCAGCUUGGCUCGCUCUGCUCUUGCAUUCGGCUGGGAUGGGUUGUUCCUAUUGCCUGGGUGCUGCGACCCGUUCAACGAUAAGGCCCUCCGCAGCAGCCGGGGGGCGCUGCUGCGCCUGCCGACGGUGACAGGGGACCUGGUCGAGCUUCUAGAGGUAGCGGAGGAGGUGGGGCUGGUGCUGCUGUGUGCGGAUAUGGAGGAGGAGGAGGAAGUUGAGGAGGAGGCGGACGUGAAGGGAGGGGAGUAUGGGAGGGAAGAGGAGUCCGGGGACCUCUUGACGGUGCUGCAUCAACAGGGUCGUGAUGCUGCUGUUAGUCGUAUUGCUGGUGGUUAUGGUAGUUAUGGUGGCUGCGCUGAAGGAGUUGGUGCGGUUGGCAUGGAACCGGGGUGGAGAGGGUUGUGCCGCUCCAGGGCGGCUGCUGAAGAGGAGGUGCCCGCCAGUCAGGGGGCUCCAUGGGCCGGUGGUGUGGCGCUGGUGCUGGGCAGUGAGGGGGGGGGCCUGUCAGCAGAUGUACGGCGGGUUUGCGCCCCCAUCAGCGUGCCCAUGGAAGGUGCUAUGGAGUCUUUAAAUGUGGGUGUGGCGGGGGGUGUGCUCAUGUUCGCCAUCAGCAGCGGUCCGCCGGUGCUGUUCAGGAAGCUGGCGACUCGGCUGGAGGCUGGUCGUCACCAUGGUGGUGGCGGUGGCGGGAGUGGGAGUGGGGGCGGGGUUUGCGGGGGUGAUGACAGCAGCGGUGGGGCCAGCGGCGCAUAA